AUGACUACAUGCAUAGGUCCCAAAAUAAAGUUUGAAUUACUCCAAUAGAAAAUAGAUACAUUUAGUUAAACCUAUGACUAAGAUUAAUUAGAUUCCAUGUAAUAGCAAGGUGAGAGAAAGGUGAGUUUUGCAGAUUCUUCUAUUGUAUUUCUGCAUUACUCAAAUGAAGAAGUAUUCAAUUUCAGAUAGAGACUAAAAGCUCAACUACUCUAGAAGCAAAUUGAACCUUUAUUUUUAAAUCCUUCAUUAUGUUACUCAAAUUUAUAAAAUACAAGGAAAUCAUGUUUCAAAGAUGUUGAUAUUCAAAUAGAUUGA